CGGCUUCCUAAAUCUCAUGCACUGAUCAUCGAUAUCUUUGAACCUAAUCGUCAAUCUCUCUUUUCUCUCUCAAAGAACAAUCAACAACAUCAUCAUCCUUCCUCACUGCUUCAUCAUGGAAAGUAAUAAAACAGAUAUCAGAUACGAAGAGGAGUUUAUAAUGAAUUCAAGAGGAAUGAAGCUGUUGACAACGAGAUGGGUUCCAAUGGAAAGAGAAGCAAAAGGGCUCAUUUUUAUAUGCCAUGGUUACGCCAUGGAAUGCAGCAUCACCAUGAGCAGCACCGCGAGGAGGCUAGCAAGGGCAGGAUAUGGAGUGUAUGGAAUAGAUUAUGAAGGCCACGGCAAAUCCGACGGACUCUCUGCUCUUGUCACCGACUUUGAUGCUCUCGUCAAUGAUUGCUCUCACUAUUUCUCCUCCAUUUCUGAAAAGGAAGAGAACAAGAAGAAGAUGAGAUUUCUGUUGGGAGAAUCCAUGGGAGGAGCUGUGGCUCUGUUGCUUCACAGAAAAAUGCCUCACUUUUGGGAUGGAGCUAUUUUGGUUGCCCCUAUGUGUAAGAUUGCAGAGGAAAUGAAACCAAACGCAGCAACAAUAAAAGUAUUGACAUUACUAAGCAAAGUGAUUCCAACAUGGAAAAUAAUCCCAACUCAAGACAUUAUUGAUGCUGCCUUUAAAGUCCCUCAAGUCAGAAAUCAGGUUAGAGCAAACUCAUAUUGCUACAAAGGAAGACCACGCUUGAAAACUGGCUUUGAACUUCUAAGGGUCAGUUCAGAAAUUGAGAAAACACUUCAUGAGGUAUCACUUCCAUUUUUGGUAUUGCAUGGAGAAGAAGACAAAGUGACAGAUCCAUCAGUGAGUAGUGAACUGUACGAGGUGGCAUCCAGCACCGACAAGACACUGAAGCUGUACCCUUCCAUGUGGCAUGGUCUGUUGUACGGUGAGCCACCUGAGCAUCUCAACAUUGUCUUCUCAGAUAUUAUCUCAUGGCUUGACCACAGAUCGUCCUUGUCUAACUCCAGACUUGAGAAGGAGCUCAAACAUAUCAAUGAACCUCUUAAAUGAAUUAGCAUUGUUCAUCAGUUUUUUUUUUUUUCAUUCAUUGUAAUAAUAGGUCACUUUAAAGAUCAUAUGGUAUAUGGUUUUUGUUGUUUUGAUUUCA